AUGUCGUCCGAAGUUGUCGUUUUGAUCGGCACGGGAAGCAUUGGAGUGGCCAUAGGUCGCCAUGCUGCUACCAAUCGCACCCUGUUGCUUGCCGACUACAACGAAGCGCAACUGACGGCUACGUCCAAGAUUCUAUUCAACGAAGGUUACGAGGUGCAUACCCAGGUGGUUGAUGUCUCCAACCGGGAAGCUGUGUCUGCACUAGCUGAACGGGCUUCGUCUCUCGGCUCAGUCACUCGCCUCAUCCAUGCCGCCGGCGUCUCACCCAACCAAGCAUCACCGGAGCAGAUCGUCAACGUUGAUUUGCUCGGAACCGCCUACGUUCUUGAGGCAUUCGGCAAAGUCAUCGGGAAAGGCGGCGCCGGUGUUGUCAUUGCCAGUCAAGCUGGUCACAUGGGAGGCCGACCUUCCCUUGAACUUGAGCAUGAUUUGGCCUAUGCAUCCAUCGAAGAUCUACAAGCCCUUCCUGCUCUUUCAGCAAUUGAAAAUUCCAUGGCAGCUUACAUACUCGCCAAACGUGCCAACGCAUUGCGCGUUCAAGCGGCUGCAGUGACUUGGGCAAAACGCCAUGCGCGCAUAAACUGCCUCAGUCCUGGUAUUAUAGCAACACCGCUAGCUCGCGAUGAGAUGUCUGGCCCUCAUGCGGAUUUGUAUCAGAAUAUGAUCAAGACUUCAGCAGCCAGGCGUAUGGGAACACCAGCAGAACUAGGAGAGUUCGCUGCUUUUCUGCUUGAUGAAAGAGGGUCGUUCAUUUCUGGAUCUGACUUUCUGGUCGAUGGUGGUGUUGUUGCUGCUAUGCGUGCCGGAGAAUUUGAGAUUUAG